CUCGCUGGAAAUGAAAGUGAAAUGAACAGCAUAAGCAAGACGUCAUAAUGGCCCAUUUUGGAGGCGAUAUUACCUUGGACCAGAUAGAUUCUUGGUUUACUAUCGGCAAAAAAAUAACCGAAGCGCCAUCCGUUCCCCGAGGAAAGCGUAAAGGGUUGAGAACUGACCCAAGCACUCAGACUGUGAUCCAGGGAAGGCAGCAUGGCUUCGUCCCUCCAUACAAACGACAUGAUCUGCCUCAGCAAGACUAUGUGGAGCAGUACAAAGAGCUGGAGAUGCAGGCUGUUACACAGGGCAUUCUCCAGGAGCCUCCUGCUGAUGGGCUGGGCCUGCCCACCUCCAGGGACAUGAACAGCCUCAGUCAGCUGGAACUGGACAGUACCAUUGCAGGAGGGGUGGGGCGACCUGAUGACCUCAUACCGGAGAAUGCCAUGGAUGUGUACAAUAACUAUGACUUCACCAUAAACUAUGACAACUCUGCGAUGCCUAUCACACAGUUCAAAGACCAGAUUAUAGCGACAGUGGAGAGUAACCAGGUGACAGUCAUCCAGGGAUCCACAGGCUCAGGUAAAACCACCCAGGUGCCACAGUACAUCCUGGCAAACUGUGCAGAGAAACAUCAGUAUUGUAACAUCAUUGUGACACAGCCCCGCAAGAUAGCAGCCAUGUCCAUCGCCCGCCGAGUCUGUGCAGAAAGGAACUGGGACCUCGGCACAAUAUGUGGAUAUCAGGUUGGGUUGGAUAAGACUGCUGGAGAGGACACACGGUUGUUGUAUGUUACCACGGGAACCCUGCUGAGAAAACUGAUCAACGCUAAAACCAUGACACAGUUCACUCAUGUGAUCCUUGAUGAGGUUCACGAGCGUGAUCAGGAGACAGACUUUGCACUGCUGGUGGUGAGGAAGUUCCUGAGGACAAACUCCAGACAUGUCAAGGUCAUCCUGAUGUCAGCCACUCUCCAAUCAGAUCUGUUUGCUCAGUAUUUUGCUGUCCCAUUCAUGAACCGGCUGGAGCCUGCCCCGGUACUCACGGUGGAAGGCAAGAUGUUCAGUGUUUCAGAGUACUACGCCGGUCAGCUGGAAAAACUUGGACCGUUACCUUACCUGGAUGCUUAUUCACCAAGUAUCCCAGAGGAAUCUCAGCAUCUGGCUGUUAAACUGAUCCAGGAAUUUGACACAUUGGAGGCCAAGGAGCAAGGGAGAACUAAGUCUGGAUUUGCACCUGUAAGAGGAUCUGUCUUGGUCUUCCUACCAGGUUAUGAGGAGAUCCGCAAUGUAGAGAAGAAGUUGGAUGAAAUAGCUUCAGAUCACAAGCUGAUUUGUUUACCACUUCAUUCAUCCAUCACCAUUGAGGAACAGGUGAAGGUAUUUGAACCAGCACCAAAGCAUCACCGUAAGGUGAUUUUAUCAACAAACAUAGCAGAGAGCUCUAUCACAGUGCCAGACAUCAAGUAUGUGAUAGAUUUCUGCCUGACAAAGCAACUUGUGUGUGACCCCCAAACCAACUACACCAGCCUGAUCUUAGAGUGGGCAUCCAAGUCUAAUUGUACUCAGAGGAAAGGUCGAGCCGGUAGAGUCUCUCAUGGUCGUGUCUACAGGCUGGUACCACAGAACUUCUAUGACAUGUACAUACAGGAGCACGGUGUGCCAGAGAUGCAGAGAUGUCCUCUGGAGAGGCUAAUCCUGGAGGUGAAACUGUUAGAUCUGGGAGAACCUAAAGCUAUCCUGGCACUAGCUCUCUCCCCUCCACGACUGGAAGAUAUAGAGAAAACUGUUCUCUUCUUGAAGGAGGUUGGGGCUUUGUCUCAGGUGCAGCAUGGACCUUACAACCCUCACGAUGGAGAUUUGACCUUUGUGGGGCGAGUUCUGGCCAAACUGCCAGUGGACAUCAGAAUCGGGAAGCUGCUGAUCCUGGGACAUGUGUUUGGCCUGCUGGAGGAAUGUCUUAUUAUUGGAGCUGCUCUGUCCUUGAAGAGUAUCUUUGCCAAACCUUACAGGGAACAUCUCAUGGCCUACAAGACAAAGUUGGCCUGGUCAGAUGGCUCCUUCAGUGACUGUUUGGCUGUGCUUACUGCCUACAGGACAUGGUCCAAGAUGAAGAGCCAGCAGAACUUCCGUCGUAGUGGUCAGUCUGAGAUGGCCUGGGGACGAUCUAAAUUCCUGCAGAUCCGUCGCCUGAAGGAGGUGGUGGAGUUGGCCAAGGAGUUGGAAGACCGACUCAAAAAACACAACAUCAUCCGUCCUACGCCAGAACCGCACUUCAAACGGAACAGCUCAGAUGCUGAAGAGAGGCUCUUCCUAAAGUUGGUGUUUUGUGGAGCGUUUUACCCCAACUAUUUCGUCCAGGAGAAACUGGAUGAGAGAGACGCCUUUAGAUCACUGUCGGGAAAGGACCCUUUUAAAACGGUCAUGAUCAAAGGCUUCCCGCCAAACCACGGCAGCUUGUACAAGGCAGAGGUGGAGAUGAUGUUCAAGUGUUGUGACUCAGAGCCCAGGGCUCAUUUUGAAGAAACCAGGGGCUUUGUGGAGUUCUGUAGUCCUCAGUCAGAGCGUAUGGGCAAGGUUCACAGAGGCGUCUACUUCGCGGUCAAGAUGAGAUCUUUGAGGAUGCCCUUACAGAUUCACCUGUUCACUAACGCUGUAGCCCAGGCACGGCUGGAGAAGAUUCAGGCAGACAGUAACAAGAAGGCUAUUGCAGAGGGGCGUCUGCGAACACACAGGUUAACGUUGAUGAGUUCAAGGGAGGAGGAGGAAAUGAGGAGACGUCACAUCAACCACCAGGUGCCUUUCCCAGACGUCAGGGUCAGUCUGGCUGAGGUCUUUGUCACAGAGGUUGUAGAGUGUGGACAUUUCUGGGUUCAAUACAAGGAGAAGAAGAACAUAGAUGACCUGACUCUGGUACAUGCAGAUCUGAACAGGAUUCCUCUACAGCCAAUGACAUGUCGGGUCAAGUCAGGCAUGUACUGUGCUGCCCCCUACAAUGAGCCAACCUUCGGCUACUUCAGAGCUAAGGUGAAGGCCGUUCACAUCCAGGGACGAGAAACAGAGGUGGAGGUGUUUUUUGUGGACUUUGGAAACACAGAUAUCUUACCACUAAGUGCUUUACGAGAACUUCCAGCUCACCUGGAGAAAAUACCAUUCCAGGCUAUAGAGUGUGAACUGAUGGGUUUGCGUCCGUCCAUCAUCAAGCGUGCAGAUGGACAGUGGUCACCUCAGGCCACCCUCCGCUUCAAAGAUUUGGUGUUGGAGAAGGAAUGCAUCGCUCAGAUCUAUUCCAUAGUUGGGGGUGUGAUGAGAGUCACCUUGUUCACAAUGAUCCAUCAGAAUCAGCAGGUGAAUGUCAAUGAGGAGCUCAUACUGUAUGGCUUUGCUGAACCAUUUGAAGAGAACAUUGUGUCCAAGCAAAACCAUGCGAGCCGAGCGGAGGAGAAAAAUCGCAGGGCACUGGCUGAAAUGUACGAGGAUACAGCAGAGAAGUUUGAUUGGCUUCAGCUACAUAUGGACUCAACCCAUGAACCAAACACCAAAGAACGAGGAAAGAAGGUGACAUUAACUGGCCCCCAUAACCCGUUUGAACUCUCCUUCAACAGUCUCACGAAUAUUGGACGUGUGAGACAGGCGAGGAUUGACCCUGACAGCGUGAACUCCGUGGUGAUAGAUGAGUGUCCUCAGGACAGGCACGGGAAGAUGAUGGUGGCUGCGCACGUGGGACUCAACCCUUCAGGAACGGCUAUGAUAUGCCGAGACACCACCAUUCUGCCACACAUCCCGGGCCUGGCUGCUUUGGUAUCACUCAUCUUCGCACCUGUGGCUGAGAUCAGAGUGAACCGUGCUAAAACAAGGUACACAGGUGCCAUAUGUGGCCUGGGCUAUGACCCAAACACUGGUGGGUCAGCUCUGGCUGACCGUGAUAUGGAGAUCACCUUUGAUGUCAAGAUCACAGAUGAAGACCUGUAUAGGAUCAAUGGCGUGCGGAUGGCGAUCAACAUUGCCGUUGGGAGUGAGGACACUGUGGCCAGCUGGGCACCUGAUGCCGUCUACAGAAUCCAGGAGUCUGCCCGCAGGAAACUGCUAGAGUUGAUACGAACCAGACGUGAGCCAGUAGAGCCUGAGGAUUACCGUCGACCGUACUUUUGGAACCAGGUGGAUCCUGAGGAUAUGAUUAAACACCAGCUCCAUGACACCAGUGCUGACUGCCCCAUGUUGCUAAGGUUACAUAAUGGUGUGGCCGUGGAGGCUGAAGACAGAGACAAUACAUAUUAGCGCAUGCUGGGAAGAAGUGUAGGAAUUACAGUGAUGAUAUUGGAUUACUAGUCACUUUUCCUUCUGGGUCUGCUUCGUUCACAGCUGGUGAUAGAGGCAUAAGCAUCAGGGGUCACAGCGACGUUGAUUUAUGUAACAGGUCACAUGAUGAUUUUUUAAUUAACGUACUUGUCUCGUCUACGAACAAGAAUAAAUGCAGCAGUUUCUGUUCAUUUUGGUGUUGACCUUAGUUUUCUGUAUUGAAGCCCCUCAAGAUCUUUGCUUUAAGCUCAUGGAUAAUUGUCAGACUGUAAUGAUUGAAAAAUAAGUAUGGAAACCAGUAUUUAGUCUUCCUCAUAGGACAAUAUUUACUUAAGCUUUGUACCAUGUGUCCAUGAGACAUUCCGCGUCAACAACUCGCUCCUCUACAGCUUUGGUAUACGUGAAGUCGGGAUAAUCUAUUCUGGUGACUGAGAUGAUAAUCUGUUCUGGUGACUGAGAUGAUAAUCUGUUCUGGUGACUGAGAUGAUAAUCCGUUCUGGUGACUGAGGUGAUAAUCUGUUCUGGUGACUGAGAUGAUAAUCUGUUCUGGUGACUGAGAUGAUAAUCUCUUCUAAUGACUGAGAUUAGAUAUCUCUUUUCCUUUGAAGGAAAUCAUGUUUUCUUUAUUAUUGUCCUUCAGCAUUUUGUUCUUCUUAGCUGGUGGAACAUUUGACCUGCACCUCAUUAUAUUGUUUUCAAGUAAAAUACCAUUUUAAGUGAAUUCUGUUAGUUUUGAGAAUAUAUGAAUAUGGUGUUUGAAAUCACGCUAUAAAGAGACUUUGGAAGUUAAUGUUUAUUAGGUAGUAAAUGUUUUUCUUGUAACACAUGCAUUGAAACACUGGUUUGUGAUAUGAUGCAUAUGUUGUAACAUCCCAUUGUAAACAUUAAUUCAUUUAUCUUGUUGAUUGGAAACAUAUAUGAGAAUUGAAGAAGAUGAUUUCUGUUAUUUCUUAUGAUAUUUUUGUUCACCACAGGGUGGUCUUUCAUUCAUUUCAUUUCUAUCACCCAAAACCAGAAAUACACUUUCA